AUGAGCCUGAAAAGACCAGAGAAGGCGACAUUUUACCGUGAAAUCGCCUCCAGUCAACAAAUUUGUGCGCUCGCCGAGUUCAACCAAGUCCUGAAAAGUGUCAACGAAGCAAAUUGCUUGGAUGUGCUUCUAUUUUCUCACCUCAUAGCUUUGCAUGCCUUCUGGGACAUAUUCACCUCGAUAGAUGAUGACUUGAGUGUUUUUCUUGACAGGCUCCUAGGGUGUAUCCGAAUGCUUCGAGGGAUCAACGUCGUUAUACGGACCUGGUGGAACACACUCGUCCAGACCGAGCUAGGUGCGAUCAUCUUGAACGCUGAUCAGCAGCAGAACACCCCAAAACCGUCAUCACAGGAAUGUGACCACCUUCAGAAAAUGAUAGACGAAGCAGAUAUCAGCGAAGCUUCUAUGGGUGUGUACUGCGAUUCCCUGGAAAGUUUGCAGACAUAUUUCGAUAGCGAAAACGCAUUCGGCACGUCUGCAUCUUCGACACAUCAAGUUUUUGCUUGGUUGGUGGUCGCUUCCGAAGCCUACACUGACUUGCUUGAUCAGAGGCGACCAGAAGCUCUGGUAUUCUUGGCUUACUUCGCCCUCCUGCUCCACCGUCGAAAUCAAUCUUGGGUCAUUGGUGACGCUGGGAGACGCUUGCUGCGGCAUAUACGAUCGUACCUAGGCAAGCGAUGGGAUAGAUGGCUGGACUAUCCUCUGAGGCUGAUGGAGGAAUGA